AUGGGCUUCUUUAAAAACUAUCGCGUUUACAUGCUGACAACAGUGGCCUAUUUGGGGUCUCUGCUUUUUGGAUAUGACACCGGUGUAAUGGGCAGUGUUCUUGCCAUGGACAGUUUUAAAAGAGACUUUGGACUCCCCCUGGAGUCCGGUGGGUUCGUGUCAUCGGCCAAUGCCCAGGUGUCGUCAAACGUCGUGUCUCUGCUUACGGCCGGUUGCUUCUUCGGAGCCAUCAUUGCUUCAUUUCUCAACGAUCGACUGGGACGGCGGUAUUCGCUGAUGGUUUUUACUAUGGUGUUCCUUGUCGGAGCUGCCCUGCAAGUCGGUGCGACGCAUGAGAUCGGGCUGAUCUAUGCUGGCCGUGUCAUAGCUGGAUUGGGCGUUGGAGGAAUGUCUAGCAUCACGCCGGUCUACGUCGGCGAAAACGCGCCUCCUGAGACACGUGGUCGUAUUGCUGGCCUGUUCCAGGAAUUCUUGGUCAUUGGGAGUACCUUUGCCUACUGGCUUGACUACGGGGUUUCCCUGCGCAUCCCUUCUAGUACAAGGCAAUGGCGUACCCCGGUUGCGGUCCAGCUUAUCCCCGGUGGCCUCAUGCUCAUCGGGUUAUGCUUCCUCAAAGAAUCUCCUCGGUGGCUAACGAGCAAGGGUCGUCAUGAAGAGGCCCUUCAAGCAUUAGCGUACAUCAGGAAUGAAUCUGUCAACGACGAGGCUGUCCAGAAGGAAAUAGCAGAGAUCCAAGCAUCGAUCGCAGAGGAAAUGGCGGCGACGGAGGGACUGACCUACAAAGAAUUCCUCCAGAAGAGCAACCGCAACCGCUUCCUAUUUGCUUUCGUUCUCAUGCUCUGCCAACAGUUUUCUGGAACCAACAGCAUCGGAUAUUACGCUCCUCAGAUCUUCCAAACCAUCGGUCUCAGCGCCACCAACUCCUCCCUGUUUGCGACGGGUAUCUAUGGAACGGUGAAGAUCGCUGCAACAGGGAUUUUUCUGCUAAUUGGAAUCGAUCGAUGGGGACGAAAGAAGAGUUUGAUUGGUGGCUCCAUCUGGAUGGCCAGCAUGAUGUUUAUCAUCGGCGCCGUUUUAGCCACCAACCCGCCGGAUCUCAAUGCAUUGGGCUCAGGGGUAUCACAAGCUUCUAUUGCCAUGGUCGUUAUGAUUUACCUCUACGUCAUCGGUUAUUCUUUUAGCUGGGGUCCCACCCCGUGGGUGUAUAUGAGUGAAAUUUUCCCGACGCGCUUACGUGCAUACGGUGUUGGUCUCGGAGCAACGACCCAAUGGCUCUUCAAUUUCGUGAUCACGGAAGUGACACCGCACGCUAUCCACAAUAUAGGCUGGCGGACAUUUAUCAUGUUUGGAGUUUUCUGCGUGGCCAUGGGUUUCUUUGUUUUCUUCUUUGCUAAGGAAACGAAAGGCCGGACUCUGGAGGAGAUGGACAUUGUCUUUGGUGCAGUGGAUGAGGCUGAAAGGCGCGCUGCUGUGGAACAUACUCUACACAAGGGGGUGACUACGCACAUGGAACAGGCAGGUGAGGAGACUAUUAUUCCUGGUGAGCAAAGAAAGGCUUAG